AUGACAGAGACAUUUGGCCCAGCUUUCAAAGAUCAAGAGCGACCGCUUCUGAGCUUCGGAUUACCCUUCGUCGAAUCACUCCUUAAGCAUGCAGACACUACAUUUCAUGCAACUAAAAUCUAUGUUAUCUGCUCUAGAUCUCUUGCAGGAAACACAACAUAUCUCGACGAGCUUAAAAGAAGAUUGGGCAAUAAAAUUGCCGGUGUUAGGAUUGGCAUGAAGCCGCAUUCUCUCUGGUCUGAGAUACUUGAAGUUGUAGCUGACACAAGAAAACUCGAUGCAGACCUAAUCAUCACACUAGGUGCGGGGAGUCUAACAGAUGCGGCCAAAAUAGUCUCAUUCGCACUAGCAAACGAUGUCUCAACUCAUGCUGAGCUAGACUCUCUCUGUCCAACAAGCCCAAAAAAGCGUGAUGAUAUCAAGCCAUCAAAAGUGCCAGUUGUUUGCAUUCCCACGUCGCUCUCGGGUGGGGAGUAUUCGUCCUUUGCAGGUGCGACGAACGACGAGACAGGACAAAAAUACUCUUUUUCGGGAGCACUACAGGGUCCUGCACUAGUUAUCCUUGACCCAGAGCUUAGUACGACAACGCCUGAUAAAGUCUGGCUAAGCACCGGUAUCAAGGCCGUAGAUCAUUGCGUGGAAACCCUUUGUUCCCUGAAGAGUGACGAUGCGGCAGAUCAAGAUGCUAGAGACGGGUUAUCUAAGCUUAUCCCAGGUUUAAUCAAGAGCAAGCAGAAUCCUAAAGACCUCGAGGCACGAUUGAAGUGUCAACUCGGUGCUAGAGACGCUAUGGGCGCAUGCAGUCGGGGAGUGCCUUUAGGAGCAAGUCACGGCAUCGGUCAUCAAUUAGGUCCAGCGGGCGUGAGUCAUGGCGAGACGAGUUGUAUUCUUAACCCAGCCGUGUGUAAAUAUAACUACAAGAAGGGCGCAAAUGUCGAACGCCAGAACGCCAUUAUCCAGCUCCUCUGGGAAGACUCCAAAGCCAGAGAGAUUUUUGCUCAAAAAGGACUGGAAAAGGAGACGGCUGACCUUGGUGAUCUGAUGGAUGCUGUCAUCCGCGCUCUUGAGUUGCCGAGAACGCUCAGUGAGUUUGGUAUUGGGGAAGAUAAACUUAGCGGCAUCGCCGAGCACAGUUUAAAGGAUCGCUGGGUGCAGACCAAUCCCGCUCCUCUAGAUAAGGAGGGCGUGUUAGAGAUACUGAGGAUGGUACUCGAAUGA